AUGUCCCUCCGCCGCAUCAUCCUCGGCCUCUCUAAGUCUUUGGCUUUCUCUGGUCGUAACUUCUGCACCGCCGCCGUGGGAAGAGACUUCUCCUCGCUGACCGAUAAAGUUAAACAGGCGUAUAUCCGCCGCGGCAGCAUCAGCCACAAAACGUGUCCCCUUCUCUCAAACCCUCCUUACCCCAUCCCCAAAAUCAGAGAUCUCUGUGAGCACAACACUCAACGGCCGGAGCACAACAAGUCGAAUCAAUAUUGCGGUGAGAGCUAUCUACACUCGACGGUCAAGUUCUUGAUCCACAAUCUCUCCCACCUCGACACGGCGAUGGAGUACGCACGCUUGACGGCUUUCACCAAAACUCGCGGCGCAACCACAACCGCUACAUGCGACCUUAUAAUCGUAGCCUUGUGCAAGGCCAAACGGUACAGAGACGCCUACGACCUCUUCCAUUACUUUUUCAACGAAUGCAGCAUUAAACUCAGCAUAUGUUGCUGCAAUCACAUCGUUAAAGCUCUCUGCGACGAUGGCCGUGCCCACGAGGCUCUUCAACUCCAUCACCACAUGCGCAACGAGAGCAAUAGCGAUCCUUCCUUGUGUCUUGAUUAUCAGACAUACCGUACCUUGACCAAAGGUUUGUGGGAUGCCGGGAAGAUGGAUGAUGCUCUAGAUUUGGUAAAAGAUGUCUUCUCUCUGAGAUUUGCAAAACCCGAGGACUACGAAACUGUGGUUUCUCAUUUCUCGGAUCAGCAAGAUUUUGACAAAAGCUGGGCGCUCUGUUGUGCCGCUAACCUGGGCAUGACCGAGCUUAACGGUGGCAACAACAGUUACCCAACGGUAACCGUGACCGCCAUAACGGUGACGCUCAUUGAGCACUGUUUCAGUCGACGUCAAGAGGAAACAGCGAUGGAAUUUUACACUUGUUUGUUAGAAACAAACCCGAUGGUCGAAGAUGCUUCCAAGAAACAACUCUUGGAAGUUUUAUAUAAGUGCGGUAAGAGAAGCGAAGGUUGGUCGGUGUUCCGUCACGUGUACGCUUAUCCUAGUGAUAGUAACGAGGAGUCAGAGCACUCAGAGCCUAUAAUAAAUACAAUGAUCGUUGAUGAGCUUUUCAAGCUGGGAUGCCAAGCAGAUACAUGCACAGAUACAGGGAUGUACCUUACGCCAACAUAA